CGUGAGUGAGCAUGUGUGUGUGUGCGCGCGUGUGUGUGUGAGGGGGGGUAGUGAGGUAGGGAGGCUCAAAAAGCUUUGUUACGUGUGAUGUGUUUACAGUCCGCGCGCCACGAGCGAGCGCUCAUUAAUGUCAUUGCGCCUCCUCCCGUGGAGAAGCCCAGGAGCGACACUGAGGAGCGAACCUCCUCGCAGGAGUCCCGCUGACAGGAGUGAUAGUGACAGGAAUCCCGGAGUGUCGCCCUGUCACCCGCGCGAUGGCCCGGCGCCCGAGACACAGCGUCUACAGCAGCGACGAGGAGGACGACGACGUCGAGCUGUACGACCACGACUACGAUGGACCUCUGCCAAAGACGGGCAAACGCCAUCUGGGCAAAACGCGGUGGACACGCGAGGAGGAUGAAAAAUUGAAGAAACUCGUUGAAGUUCAUGGCUCUGAAGACUGGAAAGUUAUUGCCAGUUUCCUUCCUAACCGCACGGACGUUCAGUGCCAACAUCGGUGGCAGAAAGUACUGAACCCGGAACUCAUCAAGGGACCCUGGACCAAGGAGGAGGACCAGCGGGUGAUCGAACUGGUGCAGAAGUACGGACCCAAGCGCUGGUCGGUCAUCGCCAAGCACCUCAAGGGCCGAAUCGGGAAGCAGUGCCGCGAACGCUGGCACAACCACCUGAACCCCGAGGUGAAGAAGACCUCCUGGACGGAGGAGGAGGACAGGAUCAUUUAUCAGGCCCACGAGAAGCUGGGCAACCGGUGGGCCGAGAUCGCCAAGCUGCUCCCCGGCAGGACAGAUAAUGCCAUCAAGAACCACUGGAACUCUACCAUGCGGCGGAAGGUGGAGCAGGAGGGAUACCUGCAGGCGUCUCCGAAAGCCGGACCCCCGGCGCUGGGCUCGGGGUACGGCAAGAGCGGCCACAUCUUGAGCUUCACCCACCCGUCACCCCCAGCCCAGAUACCACCGCCAUCCCCCGUCGGCGCCGAUUACUCGUACUACUCGGAGGCACCUCGGGUGCCCUUCCUGCACGUCAACAUAUUGAACAUUCCGGAACGCAGGCCUGCUGCUACACAGAGACACUAUAACGACGAGGACCCUGAGAAGGAGAAGCGGGUGAAGGAGAUCGAGCAGCUGCUCAAGUCCACCGAGAACGAACUGAGGGGGCAGCCGGCGUUGCCGGACCACAUGCCCAGCUACCCCGGAUGGAGCGGGCCUGGCCUGGUCGACGGCCCCGCGCCACACAGGGAGGGCGUGGCCGCUUCCUGCCUGGUGGAGCAGCAGCAGCACCCGGCCGCGCCCGCCCCCCAGCUCGACCACGGCUGCCUGCCGGAGGAAGGAGUGUCCUCGUGCCGCGGAGCCGCGCUGCCCGCCCUCCCCGACUACAUCGAGUCCGUCUUCGACUCCUUUCUAAACACGACAAGUCCGGAAAAUGCCGAAAUCGAGCACCUGACAUUAAACUCCAGCCCGAUUUGUGUCCAGAAGACCUUGUUCGGCGGCGUUCUGCAUCGCGACCAUGUGCUGAAACCUCAGAAGGAGAAUGACAUCUUCCGGACCCCUAAUCUGCGGCGAUCCAUCAUGGAGAGCUCCCCUCGAACCCCUACGCCGUUCAGGUCGGUCCUGGCCCUGCAGGACUUCAAAUACGGCCCGCUGAAGAUGCUGCCUCAGAGUCCCAUGGAGCCCGACCUGGCCGAGGUCAUCAAACAGGAGCCCCUGGAGCCCGAGUCCUCGCCUGAGCUGCAGCCGGACGACGAGCCCGCCCUCAAGAAGAUCAAACAGGAGGUGGACACGCCCUGUGGGCGGAGCUGCCUGCAGUGGGAGGGGGAAACGCUGCAAGCCCAGCUGUUCCCGCAAGGCGGCGCGCUCGACGACAUGCCCGACCUCCUCACGAGCUCAGUGUUAAUGGUGCCCGGGUCCGAGAAGGACAAAGACGGUCUCGUCAAGGCGUACCACCUGCCACGACGAGCCCUGGGAAGUCCCAUACGGGUGGACACCUGGGAAGCGGUGGCUUGUGGGAAGACGGAGGAGCCCAUGCUGGUGCCCGAGCAGAGCCAUAAGUACAUGAACACUUUCUCCGCCAGGACGCUGGUCAUGUGACGCCCUCGGCGACGACAUUAGAAAAGUGGCGAAACACUUCACAUUGAUUGUAGAUCGUCGGCUCCGCCUCGCUCGCUCGCUCGCUCGCUCGCUCGUCCGCCCGUCUGCUCGCUUGAGGCCGGGCGCUUGCCGCGCCGCGCCGACUUUACUUGUUGUGGUACAACAGUUGGGAGCUACCUUUUCGUAUACACUUGUUGGAUUCCAACCAACCAAAGACAUCUGUAUCGAUGUUUGUUUUAAUCCUGUGAAACAGAACGCGGCUAAAUUCCCUAGGUAAUUUUUUUUUUUCUUUCAGACUGUUAAAUGUAUUUUUUAUUGAUAUUAAUGUAAAGAACAACGGGAGUAAUUUAUUUUCAGCGAGGUUGUCUUUUUCCUAUUGGCAAAACAAGCAGUGUUUCUCCAGUAUUGGGUCUCCUCUCGGCGGCAGUUUGUUCCCAAAGCAUUAUUACAAAGCAACAUUAACAUCGAGGGAGAUUUUCUUUCAUAAACGCAUUUUUUCUCAAGACGAAUGCCUUCCGAACACACACACACAUUUUCAGAACCGCUUGUCCCAUACGGGGUCACGGGGAACCGGAGCCUAA